UAAAUUCGGCUCUCUCGUUGUUCUUGUUGGUCUCUUUGCUCCCUCUUUUAUAUAAGGUUUCACUUCGCUUUUUCUCUCUUUAUCUCUAAGAUAGAGAGACAAAUCGAAACAAUAUUCGACAGGGAGAGAGGUACACACAGAAAUGAGAAGAAAGAGAGGGUUUUGUUAUCCUACGGCAGAAGAUUGCGUAGAUAAGAGGUUAGUAAAGAGAAGAAACGGAGGAAAUUUCACCACCGCCACCGCAACUGUCCCCGGAGAACAAAUGCUUUCCCGGAAAAAGCCGAGGUUAUCGCCGGAGAGUGCCGGAGAGACUGACUUGUUUGAUUUUUUACCCGAUGAUCUUGUCAUGUCUAUUCUCUGCAAGCUUAGUUCCUCCGCCUCUUGUCCUUCCGAUUUCAUUAACGUUUUGUUAACAUGCAAGAGAUUGAAUGGGUUAGGCCUUCAUUCUCUGGUACUAUCUAAAGCUUCUCAAAAAACGUUCGCUAUGAAGGCCAAGAACUGGUCCGAUUCUGCUCACCGAUUUUUGAAACAUUGUGCCGAUGCCGGAAAUGUUGAAGCUUGGUACACUCUUGGCAUGAUUCGGUUUUACUGUUUACAAAACCGAGGGAGCGGAGCUUCUCUAAUGGCCAAGGCGGCGAUUAGCUCGCACGCGCCAUCACUCUAUUCUCUUGCGGUUAUACAGUUCAAUGGUAGCGGCGGCUCCAAGAACGACAAGGACCUGCGAGCAGGAGUGGCCCUAUGUGCGAGAGCUGCUUUUCUAGGCCAUAUCGACGCCCUUCGUGAACUCGGCCACUGCCUUCAGGACGGUUACGGCGUCCGGCAAAACGUCGCCGAGGGACGCCGAUUCCUCGUUCAAGCCAACGCUCGGGAGUUGGCCGCUGUGCUGUCUAACCCUAAUUCUGGUCUUAAUACACGCGCAUGGCUUCCAUGGAACCCACACGCUCACCCCAACCAUCGGCAUGCAAGUGGUCCGGGAUGUCCUUUGUUGAGCGAUUUCGGGUGUAAUGUUCCGGCUCCGGAGGCACACCCAGCUAGUCAGUUCAUGGCCGAGUGGUUCGCGUCCCGUGGCGGUAUACCCGGUCCGGGGCUCCGUUUAUGCUCUCACGUCGGCUGCGGAAGACCAGAGACUAGAAAACAUGAGUUCCGAAGAUGUUCCGUUUGUGGGGCUGUGAAUUACUGCUCACGCGCAUGCCAAGCGCUUGAUUGGAAGCUAAGGCAUAAGGAGGAGUGCACCCCCGUGGAGCGGUGGGUAGACGAAGACGGUGCGGUUGGCGUUGUUGAGGCUGGUGGUGAUGGAAACCAAAACGUCGUCGCUGAUAGCUAAAUUCAAUAACGUUAACGGUGACGGUGACUGACGGUAACGGCAGAUGACGUGCUGUUGAGUAUUAACGGCCGGAGAACGGAAAAUGAUGAUAGUAAGACCAUUUUGGGCUAAGUUAUUUACCAUGGCCGUUAAAUAGCAGAAGUUUUGUUCCUCUUGAUUGUAUAAAGCGUAUAUUAGAGGAAUCGAGGGUACCAUUUUUUUUUUUUCCUUAAUUUAAAUUAUAGACAGUGGAUUAGGGAGGGGCUCAGUGUUUGUGUCCUUAACCGGCGGGCUAGUGGCCGAGUGGCAAGGAUGCUUUAUUUUAUUUUAAUUUUUUUUCCCUCCUUUUGUGUAACAUAGUGUAAAUUUAAAAUGGGUAAGUUAAAAGAUGCAAAUUCCUGGAAUUUUCCA